UUAUGUCGGGAAGGCGACGGCGGACUGUUCGGGUGGUCACGCUAUAGGCGGUGGCCGGUAGUUCGUGUGUUCGACACUGUAACCCGAGCGUCCCGACUCCCGAGCAGUCGACACUCGACAGUCUGACAGUCGUGACUUUGUGAGCAAUGAGCAUUGAGCACCACACAACAUUCGACACGGGCAGCGCUCCAUUUUGCCUCUGACCGACACGGCGUACCUUCGUUACACUUCGUGCACCGUCGUCGUCCAACGAAUCGCUCCGCUGAUCAGCAUUCCGGUGCCGCCGUUCUUCGUCCGAAUCGGGCGAAUUGUCCGCACUCCGUUGACUCGCUCACAUGAUUCAGUAAGGUUCGCUUCGGUGUGACGGUGUUGAUUCCUUUCCCGGCUUUCCCCAUUAGCGGUUUUAUCGCGUACGGGGUCUCGCGCCUGUGCGCCGGUCUGCGACUCCGCGUGUAUCGUAUAUCGAUUGUCAUUUGUCGGUCUCUUUUCGGCCAGAUAUCUUUUCCCGAAUCACACGCUCGCCAACAUUACAAUUAAUUAUUAUUUCCCUAAACUCAAGUGGAUUGUUGUUGUUUAUUAUUUUCAUCGUUGAUAAUGUUAUAAAUACAACGGAUAACGAUAAUAUAUAUUUUUUUUUAAUUUGUAUUGUGAGCUUUGUAAAAUUAUCCAGUUAUCGUUGUUUGUGAAACAAUUGGGUAUAUCAUUAUCGUCAUGUUGUUUGAGGACAUCUGAACAGCUGCAGCAGCACACGGAAUCGGACUCAGUUAAAACUACGAUAAAGGAAUAUUCAAUAUUGAAACGUAAAUGGUCAAUACAAGAGCGUGUACAAUGGAUUCAGAAAAAGGGAAGAAAACCCAAAAAAAAAACCCAAACAGAAGUAGAUCGAACAACUCUGGAAAUGAUAAACCAAAAAUGAAAUCCGACAGUAAGUCGUCCUCUAUUUGUUCAAAUCCAGAGAGUGAAGAAGAUGAUAAUGCACCUACAACAGUAUUAAAUCCACCAGCUGGGUCAUCAAUCAAAGUGACUUUAAAAAAGACAAGGUCAUGUAGCAGUAGUUCUUCUAGGGAAUCAACCCAAUCAUUUGAAGUUGUGAGAAGACUUACAACUACUACCGAAAGUGUUUCUGGCGAAGAAGAUUGCGAAAAUCCAAAGGACUCUGGACAGGAAAACACUUCUGACAAAUCACCCUCUGUUGAUGCAGGUGAAAAUGAAAAGGAAUCUGAAGGAGAGUCUCAGAAUGGUAAUAGUUUUGAUGACAGUGAUAUAGAGAUAUUGUCAGAUGAUUCUGAUGAAUCACUUACUGAAAGACCUAGUCCAGCUGUGUCAGUUAAAGCUGAGGAGAAGAAUGUAUCUAUUAAUACAGUAGUAGAUUUAAAAACUGAAGAACUUCCUCAGAAUUCUACAGCAGUUAAGAAAGAAGAAUGUAAGAUACAAAUUAAAUCAUUAAAAGAAGAACAGUUAAUAAAAGAAUCAGACUCAGAAGGUGACAUAGUUAUCAUAAAAAAUGAUAAUGAAACUAAAAAUACUGAAGUACCUCAAUCACAAAACGGUGUUGAAAAAAAUGAAAUUAAAGAGCAGGUUAAAGAACAAAAGUUUAAAGUUAAUGUUCGUUCUCUUGAUGAUUUAGUUGAUCCUCGUAAUGCAAUUCGAAUCAAUAUGCAAUCGACUUCACAAAUAGACAGGUCACCAAAUUUUUUAACUCAAAAUGGUGGAGGGCCUUUUCCUCCGCCAUAUUUGUCAUGCGAUGUCUGUGGAUUACAUUAUGAUUCUUCAGAAUUAUUAAAUGAUCAUAAAAUAACCAUGAAACAUUUCAAAUGUUCUUUCAAGGAAUGUGAACAUUUAGUAGAAUCAAGUCAACAAGAGUUUCUAGAUCAUCAACGUAUAGUUCACAAUAGUAUGCCAUCACCAGUUCAACAAUUAGCACACCAAGUUCAACGUUUACCAGCAAUGGGUUUUGAUCAACAGUUACAGUCUGGUGUACCACCAUUACCUGAGAGCCUAUCUCCUAGUAUGUAUACACAAUCAUUACGGAUGCCUAAUCAGCCAGUUCCUAUGCAACGUGCCAUGCGUCCAAUGAUGAGGCCUGCCUUGCCACAUAUGAUUUCUCCUAGAGGACGUAAUGUACAAAGAGGAUCAACUAUGAGAGGAAGACCAGUUUCUUUGAAUGCAUCUCCAAGAGGCAGUUCUUUAAAAAGACCAUUAACCGCACCUAGACGGGGAACUCCACCUAUGAAACGCACAAAUGUAGAKAGAAAUUCCUUUACAACUACCUUGAACAAGACUCCUCAGAUUGCUAAAUCCAUAGCAGAAUCUCUAACCAAAAAUGCAACUAAAAAUUCAGCAUCUCCGGCUUCACAACAAGAUGUUGUUAAUUUGUUUUCCAAACGAGGACUCACUAUUAGCACGGUGGAUAAUGGAAAAAAUUCAAUUCUUCCUGCUGGACUUAGCUUGAACUCAGCUGUUUCCAUUAUACCUACAUCACCUCUUAAGAGCAUGGACACUGUUGAUUUAACUGGUCCUGAUAAACCAAAAAAGUAUUAUCCUUGUGAAGUAUGUUCAAAAACAUAUACGAGUUCUGAAAAAAUGUAUGAACAUUUAUCUAUUGCACAUAAAUCAUUUCCAUUUACAUAUAAGUGUAACCAUUGUUCAUUUGGUUGUCAAACUGUUGAGGCUUGGAAUCGGCAUAAAUCAACAAAUCACAGAUCAGAAAUCAAUAACUCAUCAUUAGUGAUCCCCGUUGUAGACUUGAGUAGACCUGCUACUAAUAUGAAACUGAGAAGUUUGGGUAUCACCCAGUACAUAUCAGUUUCCCAACUGGAUAACCAAGGUGGCCAAUUUGGUAUACCAAUCAUUUCUUUUGGAAAGAAGGGCAAUUUACGAGAGGCAAUGAACACUUCCACCUAUUUCAGUUUGGGGACACUACAGAACAUACAAUGAAUAUCAGACAAAGACUGUUUUAAAAUAGCAUCCAUUUUGGUUGUAAUUUUUGCAUUUUACUCAAUAAUCGCAGUUUUAUGCAUUUUAUUACAAAUUUAUUAUGUAUCAACUUAUACUACUUUAAUUUGGUACAAUUUAAAAAUGAAUUUUGAUUUUGUUUUUUUUUUAGACUAAAUU